CCUAGUCGCUGGUGACGUCAUUACGCAGGGCCGAGGCGGCGCGGCCACGUCCUUUAAAUAAGGCCUUCCGAGGGCGCGCGCGACAGUGUGAGGAGUGGGGUGGAGCGUGUGUGGAGUGGGGGCCGCGGCCCGGGUCAGAGCCGCCGCGGACCACGAGUUGAGUGUAGAUUCUGGAGAAAUUUUGCCUCCCCUGGAGUCUGCACUGCGAGGCAGCAGAAUUGUGAGCUAGAGUGAAGCAGAAAUCUAGGAAUAUGACCUCCAUGAUGGCCAUGGGUGAACCAAGGCUGAACUGGGAUGUUUCCUCAAAAAAUGGCCUUAAGACAUUUUUCUCUCGAGAAAAUUAUAAAGACCAUUCCAUGGCUCCAAGUUUAAAAGAACUAUGUGUUUUAUCUAACAGACGUAUAGGAGAAAAUUUGAAUGCAUCAGCAAGUUCUGUAGAAAAUGAGCCGGCAGUUAGUUCAGCAACUCAAGCAAAGGAAAAAGUUAAAACCACAGUUGGAAUGGUUCUUCUUCCAAAACCAAGAGUUCCUUAUCCUCGUUUCUCUCGUUUCUCACAGAGAGAGCAGAGGAGUUAUGUGGACUUGUUGGUUAAAUACGCAAAAAUUCCUGCAAAUUCCAAAGCUGUUGGAAUAAAUAAAAAUGACUACUUGCAGUACUUGGAUAUGAAAAAACAUGUGAAUGAAGAAGUUACUGAAUUCCUAAAGUUUUUGCAGAAUUCUGCAAAGAAAUGUGCACAGGAUUAUAACAUGCUUUCUGAUGAUGCUCGUCUCUUCACGGAGCAAAUUUUAAGAGCUUGUAUUGAACAAGUGAAAAAGUAUCCAGAGUUCUAUACUCUUCAUGAAGUCACGAGCUUAAUGGGAUUCUUCCCAUUCAGAAUAGAGAUGGGAUUAAAGUUAGAAAAAACUCUUCUCGCAUUGGGCAGUGUAAAAUAUGUGAAAACUGUAUUUCCCUCAAUGCCUGUGAAGUUGCAGCUCUCAAAAGAUAACAUAUCUACCACUGAGACACCAGAAAAAACAGCUGCAGCUAUGCAUUAUGAUAUUAGUAAAGAUCCAAAUGCAGAGAAGCUUGUUUCAAGAUAUCACCCUCAGAUAGCUCUAACCAGUCAAUCAUUGUUUACAUUAUUAAAUAAUCAUGGACCAAACUACAAGGAACAGUGGGAAAUUCCUGUGUGUAUUCAAGUAAUACCCGUUGCAGGUUCAAAACCAGUUAAAGUAAUUUAUAUUAAUUCACCACUUCCCCAAAAGAAAAUGACAAUGAGAGAGAGAAAUCAAAUCUUCCAUGAAGUUCCAUUAAAAUUCAUGAUGUCCAAAAACACAUCUGUUCCAGUCUCUGCAGUAUUUAUGGACAAACCAGAAGAUUAUAUGUCUGAAAUGGAAAUGUCUUAUGAAGUUAAUGAGUGCCGAAAAAUUGAGACCCUUGAAAAUUUGGACCUGGAUUUUGAUGGUGACGUCACAGAACUUGAAACUUUUGGAGUAAACACCACCAAACCAUCGAAGUCACCGAGUCCUGCAAGCACUUCCACAGUUCCCAACCCAACAGAUAUUCCCACAGCCCCCAGCACAGCAGCCACAUCUGUGGUACCACCCGCACCAGACAUUUCUGCUCAUUCUAGAAGUUUAUCUCAGAUUCUGAUGGAACAGUUGCAGAAGGAGAAACAACUGGUGACUGGUAUGGAUGGUGGCCCCGAAGAGUGCAAAAAUAAAGAUCAGGGGUUUGUACCAUGUGAUGAAAAGGCAUCAAAUUCUGACAAGUUUUUGAUGCAGGAUAAUGACUUGAAAACAUCUGAUUCCUUACAGUUAGAAAGUUCUACAGAAGUUGAAACCUCUCAUAAAAAUGAUUUGGCUACUGAUACGGUAUAUGCCCCUGAAAAACUAAAUGUUCUGGAGAACUCAGACAAUUCAAAGGAAAAGACUGUUACCUCAGAAGCAGUAAGAAGUGAAGAUGUAAUUCUUUGCAAUAGUGAUACAGAUGAAGACUGUUUAAUCAUUGAUACAGAGUGUCAAAAUAAUAGUAAUGGAAAGACAACUGAUAUGAAUUCUAAUUUAAGUUCCAAACCAGCUAGCCCCAAUUCUUCUUCAGCACAGGCUUCUGUAGGAAACCAGACUAAUGCUACCUGUAGUCCUGAAGAGUCAUGUGUUUUAAAAAAACCUAUCAAACGAGUAUAUAAAAAAUUUGAUCCAGUUGGAGAAAUUUUAAAAAUGCAGGAUGAACUCCUAAAGCCAAUUUCCAGAAAAAUACCUGAAUUGCCCUUAAUGAAUUUGGAAAACUCUAAGCAACCUCCUGCUUCUGAGCAAUCCUCUGCUCCUUCAGAUGCCUCUGGUUGGCCAAAAUCUGUAUGGCCUUCUGCGUUUCAGAAGCCAAAAGGACGAUUGCCGUAUGAACUACAGGACUAUGUUGAAGAUACAUCAGAAUAUGUAGCUCCUCAGGAAGGAAAUUUUGUUUACAAGUUAUUUAGCCUACAAGACCUAUUGUUACUUGUGCGAUGCAGUGUCCAGAGGAUAGAGACCAGACCACGUUCUAAAAAACGGAAGAAAAUCAGAAGACAAUUUCCAGUUUAUGUACUACCAAAAGUGGAAUAUCAAGCUUGUUAUGGAGUUGAAGCUCUGACUGAAAGUGAACUUUGUCGCUUAUGGACUGAAAGUUUAUUGCAUUCCAACUGCUCAUUUUAUGUUGGGCAUAUCGAUGCAUUUACUUCAAAACUUUUUCUGUUAGAAGAAAUUAGCUCAGAAGAAUUAAAAGAAAAACUUUCAGCACUCAAGAUUUCAAGUUUAUUUAACAUUCUCCAACACAUUCUAAAGAAAUUGAGUAGCUUGCAGGAGGGUUCCUACUUGUUGUCUCAUGCAGCAGAAGAUUCUUCACUCCUGAUCUACAAGACCUCUGAUGGAAAAGUUACUAGGACAGCCUACAAUUUGCAUAAAACACAUUGUGGCCUUCCUGGUGUGCCUUCUAGUCUCUCAGUUCCCUGGGUCCCUUUAGAUCCCAGUCUGUUAUUACCAUAUCAUAUCCAUCAUGGAAGAAUACCUUGUACUUUCCCACCUAAAUCACUAGGCCCCACACCACAACAAAAGGUUGGUGGAACAAGAAUGCCUACACGCAGCCGUAGGAAUCCAGUUUCCAUGGAAACGAAAAGUCUGCCUGCUCAGCAAGUUGAAAAUGAAGGAGAAGCUCCAAAUAAAAGAAAAAUAACAUAAGGACUGUACUAUGGAAAAUGAGGAAGAACUAGUUGUAACAACGUUCACUUUAGAAAAGUUUGAGGGGAAAUAUGCCUAGAAGAUCAGUGGACAAGAUGAACAUUUUUCUUUUAGUGUCCUUGAGAGUUCUUAGAGUGCCUUGAAAAAAUAUAUUGGCUAUGUGAAGGAAUGUUUCAGCUAAAAUGGAAUGUUAUACUCUUAACACGAUGUUUGAGGAGAAUCCAGAUAUGUUUUAACAGUAUCAUGGCAGGGAAACAUAGAGAAGAGAAAUAUUUUUAUAGUAGACCUUUUCCAAAAACUGUUAAAUAGGAAAAUAAUUUGCUUUUUUCAAGAGCAAUAUUUAUCAUUGUAUGUAAUGUUAGUAAUUUGAAUUAUAUCACCAGUCUGUUGAGAUUGGCUCAAAAAGUUGAAUCUUGCCACUGUCAGAGAUAAUUUUGAGCCAAUGUAAACCUUGCUUCUGACCCAUUGUGACAGUUUUUAUAUACUAUUUUAAAACGAUGAUUGUUGUAAGUUAAUAAAGUUAACAUCUUUAAAAACUUGAUGAAAUUCCAUUGCACAAGCCAAAAAUUAAAAUUAAAAAUAAAAAAGUUCAUGCUCCUGAAAAAGUCACAAGUUAACAAUUUCUUGUUGGUCAACGAUCAGUUUGUUUUUAAAAAAACAAACCUUCUGUGGUGUUAUAGGUUUGGUGAUAGAUCCCUCUAUCUCUUGGCACAAAUUUCAGCUGAGUGUUCAAAUAAUGCUACUGAAAGCAGAGAUGAGUGUGUUUUCCAGAAAAAGCUCAUCAUUUCAACUGACAAGGUUAACGUGGUAAAAAAUAAAAUAUCUUUUCUCAUCUAUACUGAUUAAAUUUCCUAGGACCACAUAACUGAAUUUGGAAAGCUUAUCAUCACCUGAUGUUACUGUAGCCAAUUUGGACUUAAGAAGGAAUGGACUUAUUUAAUUUUUGUGUCUUUGUCCUUUAAUGUGCAUUAAAAGUUUCAGAAAUAUGUGCAUCAUUUGUAAAAUACAAGUUUUGUAAUCUGCUUUGUUUUUGGAACUUUUU